AUGCAACCAACCCAAGAUUCGGCCUCGGACGAGGCUAAUGGGAAGGUCAUCGUCUUGAAUAAUCAUGAAGUCGAACAAUUUUAUGGCUCUUCUACCACUCACGCCUACCGGAUCAAAUCUGAAUUGGUGGGGAAGUGUAUGGAGGAGAUUGGCAUGGGAAAAUUUCAAUGGAAGUUGUUUGUGGUGACGGGGUUUGGAUGGAUUGUCGAUAAUUUUGCCUCUCAAGGGAUCGGCAGCGUUCAACCACCCAUCGAGCAAGAAUUCUCAGACAUAAGCCAAGUCAGUUACAGUUCGGUCGCGCACUAUGUUGGUCUGAUCAUUGGUGCAUCAUUCUGGGGCAUCUCGAGUGAUUUUAUCUGUCAUCGCCCUGAAUUCAACUGCAAGCUGCUCAUAGCUGGGGUUUUCCUUUGCGCAGUGGCCGGUUCGAUGAACUUUAUGGCUUUUAGUGCGUUUUGGGCGGUUAUUGGUACUGCUGGGGGGGAAACUCACCAAUACCUUCUGACUGCCUUGUCUGCAUGGUGGAAUUUGGGCCAACUUGUUGUUUCCCUGAUUGCAUGGGUCUUCUUGGUUAAUUUUAGCUGCCGACAGAUGCAACAUCCGCGACCUGCUCACGCCAGGACAACAUGGGAUGGUAAGAUAUAUACAAUGAUCACCCUUGGUGCCUUGUCACUUGCUUUUACGUUCAUCCGUAUCUUUGUUUUCAAGCUCCCCGAAACACCUCGAUUCCUAUCUCAAGGCCGGGACCAGGAUGCUGUGGACGCCGUCAACUACGUUGCCAGACAAAAUGGCAAGCCAGAGCCUUUGACUAUUGCAAUGCUUCGGAUCGGAUACCCACUUUACUUCAAUUUCCUCCCUUCAUACCUGGCAACCAAGUUCACCGAGGACUCCUCCCUUUAUCUGACGUACCGGAACUACUGCAUCACCUCGGCCGUUGGUAUGGUGGGGCCUUUGUCGGCCGCUGUAGCGGUGAACACAAGGCUAGGAAGACGGUAUAUGAUGGGAAUAUCAGCAGUAGUCACGGCUGUGUUCCUUUUUGCUUAUGUGGGCGUCAAUAACUCAUCUGCAAGUUUGGCAUUUUCUUGCGUAACAAGUCUUUUGGCCAAUUUCGAGUAUGCCGUCAUGUAUGCCUGUACCCCAGAGUCAUUCCCAGCUCCGCACCGUGGUACUGGUACUGGUACAGCUGCCGCUCUGCUACGACUGGGUGGGCUUCUUGCUAGUCUUAUUGCGUCUCAGACGGGAUUCACCAGUGCGCCAAUUUAUGCCAGUGCAGCCCUUUUGGUUGCUGUUGGAGUUUUCUGUAUCGGACUACCAUUUGAGACGCACGGGCAUGAUGCACUUUAG